GGGAAAGUCUGCCGAAGCUCAUCACGAAUUCGGAUCCGGAGAAUUCCGCGAAAUGGAAACGAAGAUCGUGAUUGUGCAAGAUCCCGAAUAUCGAAGAUUCCUUUCUACAGUGGAUAUUAAACACGCCUUUGAUACCUACAACGUUUCAAUGCAGCAUUUUCAUGAUGAAGAAAACAGACUAAACGCUGUUUGUGGAGCAUUCAAAGGAAAAUUGCAGGCGUUGAAUCACGGGAAGUAUUUAGAAAUCAAAGAUCACCUUGACGUUGGGAUCAAUAAUGUGCUGUCGCAAAAUCGGUACAGACGAUUUGACCCGAAUGGACCCAAAGAGAAGUUCGUUUCUAGAGACUCUCCCAUCACUGGAAGCUAUUUCUUCCAAUCGCCACACGAGUCGAAAGUGGAUCUAGAAGAUGAAGAAGACUACGUGCUUUAUACAGAAAGAGGAAAAUUUCGAAUGGUGCAUAAUGGCUGGGUUAUGAACCACGAUCCUUUGAUCAAUUUUGCCCUCCCAGGAUGCAACGUAUAUCUUCGUCGAGAAUUGAUCGAAUGGGGUGACAGUGUGAAACUCAGGUAUGGAGAAAAAAGGGAAGAUAACCCGUUUUUGUGGGAUUAUAUGCGGGAUUACGUAGUGGAAACUGCGAAAACUUUUCACGGACUGCGUCUGGACAACUGCCAUUCU